CCCUAGUAAGCCGCAGCGUUUCAGCACGAAACCCCAAACCCCUCUCCCAAAAUCCAGGCAGCUGCCACCACCAAGCCGUGAGAUGGCGGCGGAGACCGAACCGGCGGCGGCCGCGGCCAGCGGGCUCGCCGGGGAGAUGGAGGUAGAGGCGUACCGCCGCCUCUUCCCGCUGGCCUUUCUGGAGCGUCACCUCGGCGAAUCCGUCCGCCCCGAUGCCCGACGCCUCUGCGAGGCCCGCCCCACCACCGUCGCCCUCGGCGCCGUCUCCUCCGCGCAUGGCUCCGCUCUCGUUCGCCUUGGCGACACCGCCAUGCUCGCGUCGGUCAAGCUUGAGGUUAUGUCGCCCCCAGCCGAAUCCCCAGAUGAAGGAUCCCUCGCUGUUGAGUUCCAUAUGCCACCCAUCUGCUCCCCGCUGGUCAGGCCAGGCCGGCCUGUUGAUGUGGCACCGGUUAUCUCCAAGGCCCUUGAGGACGUUCUCAUGAGUUCUGGAGUGUUGAAUUUGAAGCAGCUCUGUUUGAUCAGUGGGAAGGCAUCUUGGCUAGCAUAUCUGGAUAUCUAUUGUUUGAAUGUUGAUGGGUCUCUGUUUGACGCUGCACUGAUUUCAGCAGUGGCUGCCUUCACACAUUUGGAGAUUCCUUUAGUUUCUAUUGGUGAUGAUGGUAGACUAUUCACUGUUGGAGGCAAUGAAGGAAAGACAAAAUUCGAAUUGGUAAACAGAGAAAAGAGGAAGCUUACACUUGGCAACAUUCCAUUUUCCCUUACAUGUGCACUUCACAAGGAUAGUAUUCUGGCGGACCCAACUUCUGAAGAGGAAUCAGUAAUAGAGACCUAUGUGACUGUUGUUGUAGAUUCUUCAGACCGCAUAGUGUCAAUACAAAAACUUGGAGGUGCAGUGACUUCCAUGGAAGCUAUUAAGGAGUGCAUUAGCUUGGCGAAAGAAAGGAGGCGGAAGUUAAGAGAGAUUCUGACAGACUCAGUUGAAGCCAUGGAAGUCGACCAAACUGAAUAAGUUUGCAAAUAUAAUCACUUAGGCUAACCGGAUUAUUUCUUGGUGGUGGUUCUCUCUGCCUCGGCUGCGCUGGUUGUAACAGCAGUUUUGUUGUUUUACCUUUCUUUAUAGAGCCAAUUCCCUCUAUGCUAUUGAAAAUUGAUCCAAUUCCUUGUGUACCACUGAAAUUCGUUAGUUCCCUUGUGUUGCUGUAUGAAAUUUCCAAUCACCUCUA